AUGCCUUUCGCACAGCUGGUUAUUGGUCCCCCGGGUGCCGGGAAAUCGACAUAUUGCAAUGGCAUGCACCAGUUCCUGGGAGCAAUCGGCCGACAAUGCUCUAUCGUCAAUCUGGACCCCGCCAACGACAAAACCUCAUAUCCAUGUGCGCUGGACGUGCGUGACUUGGUGAAGCUGGAGGAGAUCAUGGAAGAGGAUAAGCUCGGUCCCAACGGGGGUGUUCUGUAUGCCCUCGAGGAGCUUGAGCAGAACUUUGACUGGUUGGAAGAUGGACUGAAGGAGCUCGGAGAGGACUACAUUCUAUUCGACUGCCCUGGGCAGGUCGAGCUCUUCACACAUCACUCAUCAUUACGAAACAUCUUCUUUAAAAUCCAGAAAAUGGGCAUACGGUUGAUUGUCGUUCACCUCGUCGAUUCAUACACACUUACCCUCCCAUCAAUGUACAUCUCCGCCCUCCUCCUCUCACUCCGCGCCAUGCUCCAACUCGAUCUCCCACACCUGAACGUCCUCACGAAAAUCGAUAACCUCGCCAACUACGCCCCCCUUCCUUUCAACCUUGAUUAUUACACAGAAGUACAGGAUCUGUCAUAUCUGCUUCCAGAACUAGAAAACGAAUCGACGCGACUAUCGCACCAAAAGUUUGGUGCCCUCAAUAAAACCAUCAUCGACCUGGUCGAGGAGUUUGGGCUCGUUGGCUUCGAAACGCUGGCCGUCGAAGACAAGAAGAGCAUGAUGAGUCUCCUGCGCGCUAUUGACCGCGCAUCGGGGUAUGCCUUUGGACCUGCUGAAGGUGCCAAUGAUACUGUUUGGCAAGUGGCCGUCCGCGAGGGAAUGGGUACUACCGAUGUCCGCGAUGUGCAAGAGCGCUGGCUGGAUGCAAAAGACGAGUACGAUGAGCUAGAGGAAGAAGAGCUGGAAGAAGAGGUCCGUCUACGCAAAGCAGCAGCCGAAGUCGAGACCAAGGGUGCAGCCGGGAGUGACGACGAGAUGGACGACGAUGACGGACAUGCCUAUGACGAGGAGGUAGAAAAGUGGAAGCAGAAUAUGCCGGACAGUGGCGUCCGGGUACAGCGCAAGGCCUAA